AUGAUGUUCAAUCAACGCUGCUUGCUCGCUACUUUUCUCUCGGCGAUUCUCUCGACAAUAUACGCCGUUCCCCUGGGCCUCCGUUCUACCGUAGACUAUUUAUCUCGUAGCGACGAGAUCUCCCAGGCCGUCGCAGUAUCCGACGAACACUCUUUGAUGAGCGAAAGCGACGCUGCUCCGCGUCGCCUCGCAGGGGGGUCAAAUGGUGCAGGCAUGUGGGGAGGGUCUAUGGCUUCAUUCAUGGACGAGAUAUCAGCUAUCGAUGACGACUUCACGCCAGCGAGCGUUGAUCCCAUGUUUGGAAAUGCCAAGGCCAAGCGCAAGACUAGUGAGCGGAAUGUAGCAAGGGCUGCAUGA